AUGAUUGCAGAGCAUGCCGACCCGGGAAAGCCUUUUAGCAUGCCUGAGGUACCCGUCCUCAGCCAUAAGGCCCCGCGUCUGGGACUCAGUUCCUGCGCCACCUCCGCCCUAAAACCGCCUGCCCGACCGAUCGCUGCCUUCCACCCGAAGCGGACGUUUUCCAGUACCUCUCGCGCUGCUGUGCUGCUAGAGGACGAAGACGAAGAUGGAGAGAUAUUCAACCAGCGGCGAGGGAGGAGAAAACCGCCUGGAAGAUCGGGUGAUAUCUAUAUCGCUCCGGACAAGGAUCUUAGCAGCAUUCUUCGAGCAAGAAAGACCCUCGCGCAACGAAAUACAAGUGCCAAAACGCUGCAUCUUGAGAGAGUGCGGAUGAACCAAGAGUACAAUGAGAAAUUCAAGCAUUUUUGGGAAGUUCAGGUACCUCACAUCUUCGAUUGCUGUGACUCUGUCCACGUUCGUUUGAAGUAUCUACCCUUCGAGCAAGCUGUCCUGCAUUGCCAAAUUGAGUGCGAGAGGAUCGAAUUGGCAGUACAAUUGUUUUACCAACGCUCUUUUCAUAAAUUUGAUGAUGACCUCAAACAAUGGGCGAAGAUUCAUCGAGAUCUCACCGCCGAAUAUCUCGCGGUGAGAUCUGCCGUGCUUGCUCGCGUGGAAGCUGGCUUUUUGCAAGCACAGGCAGCGAUCCAACAGGUGGAACAUGAAUUUUGCGAAAUCGUCUUCGCGCAAACUCCAAUCUGGACGGCAAGCAUAUCGGAAGCUGUCAAGAACAUUUCCCAAAUACGCGGGCAAACACUCUUGCUCCUAUCACAGAUUUUUUCGCACCAGCUCUCUCAAUUGCGUGCCUCGUCUCUGAAGCUGCAUGAGCUAAUCAAACGAGAUUAUCUGGAACCGCGAAAGGCUGCAAGAAUGAAAGUGGAUCUCCAGCUUGGUCUAGCGCAAAAGCUCGAGGACGAUUACCUGCAGCUGCGGUCGAAAUUUGCGCCGGUCUCUGAGACGCUUUCGAUCAUCGCACUUCAAGGAGAGGCCCUUGCAGACCUCCACUGGAAUGGCAGCAAGCGGCGAGAAGCGGAAUAUUCAGAUCUCCUUCGAAAAACAAGAUCCCUCCGACAACAGUUCGACUUCUGCGCGCACAGUUAUCGUUUGUGGUGGCGCAGAUGGAGAAAAGCAAACCAUUCUCUAGCGGACAGUGAAUUCAGGGCCAUGUCCUUUACCACAAAAGGGGCAAUCAGCACGCGGAAAUACCCAAUAAGCCAAAAAAUGGAUAGCCUUCUGCUCCACCACUCAGCGAGCAAGAAAAUAAUAAAGUUGCGGGAAUUGCUGGAACGGCAAUUCGACCGAAUACCGCGGAGGCUCUGGAUCUUUUACACGCACAAGUCUAGCAUCCUCAAGGAGGCACACGGUCCCGAUAGGGACAUACACCGGCAACAGGACAUACACUGGCGGCAUUUGGAUGUAAUGGCGCCAUUGUUACUUCUUCAAAUGUCAACAACACGAAUAAUACGUGAAGUGUGGUUCCUUAGGCAGAGCCUGAACAUUGAUUGUGGCUUGUGGUCCUCGCUCGAUUGGGAAACCAGAACAAAAUUCAAAGUUGAUAUCUCCAAGGUGGGGUUUGAAUUCAAGCCACAUUACCACCAAUUCAACAGGAAUAUUGACGAACUCAUGCACAUCAAUUGGAUGCGGCUCAAGUGCGCGGACAGAUUGCGCGAUCUCGGCCUGCCUGGCGACACUGGUGCACCGGGACUUUUCAUAGCGCACAACCCUCUGAGUGAAGAUAUGUUGCGGUUUCGUCAAUGGACCUACAGGAUACAGGCGCUAUGGCGGCAUAUGUGGGCUUUGACACUCGUCUUUCAAUUGCCUCCGUCAUACUGGCAAGGCCUGCACAAGCGCUUGGAUCCGCCGCUGAUCCAGUCUCCUUAUAACUCUCUGGUCAUGAAUCUAGGCUCCCAGAAAAACGGCCGUAUCCGAACCCAAGAUAAACGAUCCCCAUUCCGAAUGUCCCGCCAACAGCCUGGUCCUCUCCGGGCAUCCAGACCUUGGCAGCGACGUACGAAUUCCAGAUAUCUGGCCCUCUUUCGCCUGUCGCGCAAUACGAGAAAAGAAUCAAUUGCUAGGAUGCUUAUCCGAAGCACAAUUAGUGGAUAUACGAUGCCCCGCAAUUUGUCCACCUCUGCGAAGAGGAUCAUAUCGAGUGUCUACUCGUCGGCCCAGCUACGCCGGUUUGGAUUGAUGAGAAGACCAAUCAGAAGGUCCAAAAGCAAGAAACAGGAAUCCAAGGAGAUGAAAAAGAAGAAGAAGAAGCAGUCUUGGAAAGCCAAACGAUUGGGGAUCAAAAAAGCCCGGAAACAAUCUAGAGUCUCAGCUCGAAACUCCCAACAUGGAAGCCGUGCUCCAGACAAAGCAUCAGACAAGUCAUCCAAGGCCAAGGGUGCCCAGAGCGGCGCGGACAGUCGACCAACUUCAGGGAGCAAGAAAGUUGCGGACAAAGAGCCUAUCAACGUUUCGCCAGACUCGGAGCAGAGUUCGCCCAUGAAGAAGGCCAAACCUCCAUGGGGGUCGAAACAAUUCAGAUCCGAAUCUGCCCAACCACCACCCGCUCAAACACUGCAAGACCGGGUUUCUAAGAAGGCCGAUGCCCCUCAACAUUCUCCCUUGAAAUGGAACUCCGUGAGAAUAAAGUCGGCGGGGCCCAAACCAAAGGGCAAACCGGCCAAGUCUUCCAAACCCAAGCUUCCUCGCUCAUCCGUCCGUGUGGCCCCGAAAUGGCAGCCUACGUAUUCUUUUGGAAAGACUGGGGCAAGGCCCUAUUGCACUGACAUAACGACUUCCGUUCGCGACAACCCCAAGGGGCCCGACGAUAGUAAUCACGAGAUAUUGCCUAAACCAGAUGGCCUCGGGAUUCCAGUGGUGGCAUUGAAAGGGUCUGCACAAUGCAGCACGGACGACGAAGCUCUGCCCAAGUCACCAGACGCGUUAGAACAGGAGUCCAUUGAAAAGGACGCUGAAGCGCCGCAAUUCUGGAGUCACAGCUCGCACCCCGGCCCGAAUGGACAAAGUAUCAUCGUGCACUACUGCCGGACCCUCCAGAGCACCGAGGAAGUAGCCCAACUAUUCCAAAACAGCAAAGUGGUUGGCUUCGACAUGGAAUGGAAAGCGCAGACAUUUGGCGUCGACAGCAUCCGCAACAACGUCUCGCUGAUCCAGGUCGCCAACGAGGAGCGCGUCGCGCUCUUCCAGCUCGCGUCGUUCAAGCCAGGACGCGAUCCGCAGGACUUCAUCUCCCCCUCCCUGAAGCACAUCCUCGAGUGUCAAGACAUCACGAAGGUCGGCGUCUCCAUCAAGGCAGACUGCACGCGGCUGCGCAAGUAUCUUGGCAUCGAGGCCCGCUCUAUCUUCGAGCUCAGCUACCUGUACAGACUUGUCAAGUAUGCCCAGACUAACCCAAAGCUGGUUAACAAGCGGAGCGUCAAUCUCAGCGAUCAAGUGGAAGAGCAUUUUGGUCUGCCGCUGGAGAAAACUGACGAUGUUCGCUGUGGCGAUUGGACUCGCGCUUUAAACUAUCGCCAAGUCCAAUAUGCCGCCGCUGACCCAUACGCUUGCAUUUGUCUCUUCAACGCAAUGGAAGCCAAGAGAUUGGCUAUGGACCCUGUACCGCCGCGCCCUGCUCACGCUGAACUCAAUCUCCCCAUCAUCCUUCCCCUUGGUCAGGCUGUGAAUACCGAAGAAAAGGAAGCUUCUGGUUUGCCUUCAGAUGCAGAUGCCGUUGAACAACCCUAG